AAAACACUCUCUUCCCAACAUUCGCUGACACGCACUACUCUUCCAAUGCAGCCAUGAUCAAACGAACGUACUCCAAGCGCAAGCUUGGAGUCUCAUUCAGCACGGAUGGCACUACCACUAAAUAUCGACGUGUCGAUGAUAGGGACAACACUCUCUUCUCGAGCCCUUCGCGUUCGCCCACGAUCUUCUCGGACGACAACACCCCUCACAACGAGACCCCACCGUCCUCACCUGUCGUCUCCGUAUCGAUAUCCAUUGCGGAAAAUGAGAAAGCCGCAUUAGAUAAUAUCGACAAGGUUGAAUCCAAACAGAAGCCCUCCAGCUCAGAACUUCCCGCCACCGCAGUAGUCAAGCGGCUCACGUCGCCGACAAGGCCACUACGAGACCUCACGGCACGAGCACAAGCACAGUCACAGGCACCAGUGCUAUUACCGAUGGCAAAGACGGCGCAAAGUCGCAGACGAGAGACGAAAGAAGGCGAGCGCCCGAAACGGAUGCAGCUGACGCAGACGCGGCUCGACCUGGGCCAGCAGGUCCAGCGGCGUUGUCCAACCUGCGGCAUGGAGUACCGACCUUCGCUGCGCGAGGAUAGGCAGUUACAUGACAAGUUCCAUGGCCGGAACGUGGAUGGGAUCACCAUGCCGGCGAGCAUGCGACGGCGCGACUUGGCGGCGACCGCCUACGAGGAAGAGACUAUCGUCGUCGUAGAACGCGAGCAGCGCAGGCAGCCUACAGCGCGACGGUUGGUGCGCGCGGCGCUCGACGUCGUCGAGACGGAGCUCGGCGGCAUAGGCAUUGAUGACGACAGGCUUUGGAGCGAGGUACGCGAGCCCGCAGGCGUGGAUGACAGCGACGACAACGCGCAGAGCAGGACGUGCGACCGCUACAAGACGUUUUUUUAUGUGCGCAGAGACAAGAUCUUGGGUGUGUGCUUGGCGGAGCGCAUCUUCGCGGCGUACCCGGUGCUUGCUACGCCGUCUUCGGCGACAACGACGGCGACAACGACGGCUACAACGACGGCGACAACGACGGCUACAACGACGGCGACAACGACGGCGACAACGACAGCGACAACGACGACGAUGACAUCAUCGUCGUCGUCCGCGCUUGAGACCGCACAGCACGCGCAGCCAGCAACGCUGGGCAUCUCGCGGAUAUGGGUGUCGAAGUGUGCACGCGGCCAGGGAAUAGCGACCAAGCUGCUCUCCUUCGCCGCAAGCCGGUUCAUAUAUCAAGUGUCCAUCCCGAGGGAGCGCGUUGCCUUCAGCCAGCCCACUGCCAGCGGUGCCGAACUGGCCAGGCGCUUCUUCGGCAAGCAUAGCGGGUGGCUAGUGUACCCUGGUUAGGAGUCUGCGCACAUGCACUCGCACGCCGAUCUGCUGACGACGAUGGCUCGGAGCAUGAGGACUGGUGGAGAGGGACCUGGACGUCUUCGGUUCUUUGCGUCGGGCGGUCGACGUCUCCGCAGCGUGGUUCGUUAGGAACCACAGAGUGGUGUUGACCUUUCGUAUGUGUGUGAUGAGCCUCAAGGAAAAGGUUGGGCGAUCCAAAGGUCGCUAUGUGAUGACGCGAUAUGGCGGUCAUGCUCCAAGAGUUCGGAAUCUUCUAAUUUUUUUAAUUUUUAAAUCCGAAGCCAAUGCGUAACCUUCUCAGGGUCUCUACCGCAUGAUCCCGUGUUGCACCUAGUCUUACGCAUCGGCCAGAUGCUAAACAAGUAUACGUAUGCAGAGGAGAAAGAUUGAAACAUAAAUAAUGAUCAGGAACCCUGGAUUGAUUCGCGAUAUUCAUCAUAAUCUCUUUCAUUUCAUUACAAC